AUGUCGGUCCCUGUGGAUGACACUGCAAGCUCUUCGGGUGGAGUAUCUAUACAGGUAUUCCGCCCUACAUGGGAGGAAUUUAAAGAUUUCAACAAGUAUAUACAGUAUAUGGAGUCGAAGGGUGCCCACAAGGCAGGACUCGCUAAAGUGAUUCCUCCGCCUGAAUGGAUACCUCGUAAAGGUGGUUACGAUCUUGACCAGCUGAACGUGACUAUACCUUCGCCUAUAUGCCAGGUAGUGACUGGCAAGCAAGGUUUGUUUCAACAAAUUAAUAUUCAAAAGAAAUCAAUGACAGUAAAACAGUUUGGGGUGAUGGCUAACUCUGCAAAGUACUGCACUCCUCGUCAUAGCAGCUUUGAUGAUUUAGAACGAAAAUACUGGAAAAAUGUCACUUAUGUAGCUCCCAUCUAUGGCGCUGAUGUCAACGGUAGCAUCACAGACCCUGACAUCAAAGAAUGGAAUAUCAAUCACUUAGGUACAAUCCUUGACUUUGUUAACUCUGAUUACGGCAUUGAAAUCGAUGGGGUCAACACUGCUUACCUGUAUUUUGGUAUGUGGAAAACUACAUUUGCUUGGCACACUGAAGAUAUGGACUUAUAUUCUAUUAACUAUCUCCAUUUUGGUGAUCCAAAAACUUGGUAUGCUAUACCACCUGAACAUGGAAAAAGAUUUGAGCGUAUCGCAUCCGGCUUCUUUCCUACUUCUGCUAAAACUUGCCAAGCGUUCUUAAGACAUAAGAUGACGUUAAUUUCCCCUCAAAUUCUUAAACAAUACUCUGUACCUGUAAAUAAAAUUACCCAAGUAGCUGGUGAGAUUAUGAUUACUUUCCCUUAUGGCUAUCAUGCGGGUUUCAAUCACGGUUUUAACUGUGCUGAGUCAACAAACUUUGCUGCACCCCGAUGGGUUGAGUAUGGUAAGCGUGCUUUACAAUGCACAUGCAGCAAUGACAUGGUCAAAAUUUCAAUGGACACAUUUGUAAAACGUUUCCAGCCUGACCGCUAUGAGCUAUGGUUGAAAGGCCAAGAUAUUGGUUGUCACCCUGAGCAGCCUGAGAAGAUGGUGCCUGCUCCUCACCCAUCAGGUCAAGAUAUUCUCUGUAAUAAAAAUAAUACUGAGUUACCGGAAUCAUUCAUUGAAGCUGAAGUCGAAGGCUUAAAGAAGAAGAAACGUCAUCCUUUACAUUUGAAGAGAGCAAUGGCCAGUAAGAGUAUAUCAGAAGGGGCCAUUGCAGUCUCUAUUCUUGGUCAUGAUAUCAUGGAUGAUGAUGAAAUGACAAUGGCUGAAGGAGAUCUUGACAUGAUGACUUCUAUGAAAAGACCUAACCUUCCAUUGCAACCUGAUGAGACACAGUUAGAUGCAUUGGAAGACAUCUGGUUGAAAGGUGAUGAAAUGGAUCCCUCAGAAGCCCAACUGCCUGAUGUAGGUUAUAUUGAUUCUGACAAAGACUCUGAUUACGGAGCACCAAAGAAUAAGAAGAGUUCAAAAACAAGAAAAAAGAGAAAAGAGAGUUUAAAAAAAGAUGGCAGGGGUAAGAAGGAUAAAGAGUCUAAAGAUGAAGAACCUAAACCUAAAGAAGGUGAAGAGAAUCAAGAACAAGAUAAAGAUAUUGAUAAAGAUAAGGAUGCUAAUGUAAAAGAGAAGAAAAAAGUAACUCCGGUUUCCAGAAGAGGCAAGAAGAUUAAGUCAAAGAAACUCUCAGAGGAACAGCUUGAGGAUAUGGCUGCAGCACUCUCAAACUGGGAAUCCCCACCUCAUGUAGAGGAUGAGAUCCCGAUCAAUAAAAUAGCCCCUGUAUCAGUUGAUCCUCUGAACACAAACCUUGAAACUAAAGUGGAGCCUACACAAUCUACAGCUCAAAUAGAAAAUAGUCCCAUGACCAAAAAGGAACCAAAAAAGCGCAAAUCAUCCACAAAGACAGAUGGAGAGAAAGUAGAGAAACUUAAGAAGGAGAGGGUUAAAAAGGAACCUAAACCACCCAAACUGCCAAAGCCACCAAAACCAGAUACACCUCAAAAAGAAAAGAAACCCAGAAAACCGAGGACACCAAAAAAAGUUGUGAUGGCAGCUCCACCUUAUGAAUACAACUCAUUAGUGGAACCAAUUAUGGCCAGGCCGUUACAUACAUAUGGCCCUAUGCCCAUCACAAGACCCACACUCUCUUCCCCACAGCCUUCAUCAUCAACCUCUGUGUCCACUCACACUUCUCCUCCAAAGAUGAUUCCUGCAUCAGCAAUUCCGUCGCCCGUAUUUCCUAAAACAGAAAAAACUUACUCAAGCAUACUUUUGGAUGCUAAGUUAAGAGUACCAAAGGUUAUUCCACCUCUGAACAAAAAUCCUAGUGCGUUUGAAGAUGAAUUCCACAAAUUCAUGUCAAGCAAACAAAGUGAAACAUCAAGUCCUUUACCAGUCACAAAACCGCCAUCACAACCAAGAAAAACAUCUCCAAAAACGGAUAAAGUUAUUGUUGAACCCAUAGAGUCAGCAGCUGCUCCUAAAGAAGACAUCCCAAUGCCCAUAGGCCAGUACAAUGACUCUAUAUUCCUAAAUGUACCCAUAGACUAUAGAAGAUUUAGUAAUAAUCAAGAACGAAUGCAACCACCAAUGGAGAGGAGUGCGUGGAGACCUGAGUAUUACCAGCCCAACGUACCCCCAAUGCAUAAUGUACCGCAUAUGUAUGGGCAAAUGAACACAAAUGAUUAUUAUAGAAGUCCAUAUCAGUCUCCGUGGUAUGGUUAUCAGAAAUGA